GGCGAGUUGGACGAGCAGCGAGUGCGCAGUGUGGAGGCCGAUCCCUUGGCGUCGUGACGUGUGCGUGCGAGAGCGAGAGAGAGAGCGCGAGAACCGUGUCAUGAAUAGUGUGCAUGUCGGAAAAUCUGCAAAAUGACGGAUUUACCGACGGAUGUGGAGGUGGCGGAGGAGUAUCGUUCGUCGCUGGCAGAUCUGACGAUGAACUCGAAGCCCAUGAUAACGAUGCUGACGAUGCUGGCCGAGGAGAACCGCUCACACGCGGCGGUCAUCGUCGGGGUGAUCGAGAAGCACAUCCAGCAGGCAUCACCAAACCAUAGAUUGCCUGUUAUGUAUUUAAUCGACUCCAUAAUGAAGAAUGUUGGUCGAGAGUAUAUAAAGUUGUUUGCACUUAACAUUAUUACAACCUUCAGCUGUGUUUUUGAAAAGGUGGAUGAAAGGACACGUAAAAAAUUAUAUGAGCUAAGACAUACUUGGAAUGAAGUAUUCCCUAAGUCUCGCUUGUAUGGUCUGGAUGUAAAAAUUCAGUCAAUAGAUCCAGCCUGGCCAUUAGCUACAGGAUCUUCUACAACAUCCCAGGGUGUCAGCAAACCAAAUAUCCAUAUUAAUCCCAAUAUUAUUAAGCCUGGUGUAGUGAAAGGAUCGCCAUCUUUAUCUUCAACUGGUGGACACAAGGGCCAGAAGGACCUUGAGAUCCUCAAGCGGGAGGAGCAGCUCUUGGCACUUGAGCGGCAAAAACUGGAAUUGGAAAAGAAGAAAAUUCUUUUGGAGCAGAGUCGCCAUCAAAAGCAGGAAAUAAAACCAGCCAAAGUGGAACCAGAGAAGCCUCCUGUCAAGCCAGCAGAGGACCUAAGUAUAUCCAGUGAACGACGCUCUGAAUUCCUUCGCAGUUACAAGAUAAAGAAAAAGACCCAGAAUAAGGAAGAAGUGCAGGUGGGCACAACCAUCCAUGUUGACCCAAGGCGUGUUCAUCAGGUUCUGCCAGUGGUUGCGGCAACUGGACCAGUUGCUCCACGUGACCCUAGACGGGCAAAUGAUAGCAACAAAGAUCCAAGGAUACCACAUGAAAAUUCCAGGGAUCCUAGAAUAUCUGAAGGUUCUCGUGAUCCAAGAAUUUCUAGUGAAAAUGUCAGGGAUCCGAGACUUGGUUCAGAAAUUUCAAGUAACAAUAUAAAACCAACCAAACAAAGUGAUACACAAGUUACUUCUUCAAGAGAUCCAAGAAUAGUAGCCAAGGAACGUGAGAAAGAUAAAUUGAAAGAACAGAGAAAGAGUAAGAAAGAUUCACCAACUAAAACCAAAAAAGAAAAAGAUAUCAAGCCUACAAAGAUUGACUCACGAUCAUCUAGGUCAGCUCAUCGGGAAAAAGAAAAAGAGAAAGAAAAGGAGAAAGAGAAAGAGAAGAAGGAGAAAGAAACAUCAGUUUCAUCUUCAAGGUCAAGCUCAAGCCACACAAAGAAACCCCCAGAACCUGUACCACCUACAGAAGAGGCAGAGAAUACUGCCUCUUUCAAGAGCAGCCGUAAAAGUAAGAGAAGAACCUAUAAACCCCGUGAGGAUAGUCCAGAGGAAGCCACUUCACCAUCCAGCAGUGGGAAGCGAUCCCGUGCAGAUCGAGACUCAGAUUCAGAUGAUAGUGACCAUUACCAGGCUAAUAAACCAAACCCUGCAUUGUACAAUAAGAAGGGGAGUCUCCUGAAGCAGAGCAAGGACUUGGGUUGUUCAGCAAGAAGGAUGUUGACUACCGGCAGCUGCUCCCACGGCCUGCCCUCCUUCCCACUCCUGUUGGACCAGCUUUUAAUAUCACAGACCAGGAUGAUCGAAACCCAAACAGCAGAGACCCUAGUGUCAGAGACCCUUCAGCACGAGAUCCACUGGCUCCAAUUAAUCCUUCAGAUAAUCAAGACCCCAAUAUUGCCCGUGCUAAGGGAGAGCUUGGACCUCCAGGUGUGGGCAGCCCCCUCAUGGGGCCCAUUGAUCCACGCAUGAGAAAACCCAGCUUCAACAGUCCACAUGCGGCAUCGUGGGAGAAGUUUAGAGAAAAGAAUCCUGAAUUCAAAGAAUACCAACGGCAAGCUAGUACUUCAGACUCUGAACGACGCUUCAGUCAGGAAGGAGAGGAUGUAGAGCCCCCAUUCUUUGAAAACCACCAUGGAUUCUCAAACCAUGGCAGAAACUUUCGAGGCAGAGGGAGAGGCCACAGAGGCAUGGGCAUAGCAGGCAAUAUAGGAGAUGGUCGCCGAAAGCUGUAUGAAGAGGAUGAAGAUAGUCCAGGAUCACCAGGAAGAGGAGAAGCUGCAAGACAGAAUUAUCAGGUAAUAGUGAAACAAGCAGAAGAGCAAAUGCGUCGAGGUGAGAUCAAUCUCAGUCAAUACAACCAGCUGCUAACCACUGUUGUCACUUUGGUGGAGCAAGACAAAAUUCGUGAAGCACAGUACAGAGACAGGAGACAUCACAGAACACCUUCACAUUUCCCAGAUGAUGGAGAUUGGACAGGACCAAGUGAGGGUCCGUUGUCAGGUCCUACAUCUGCACCUCCCACCUCAGGGUCAGGGCCACGUCAAAGGCCAGGGCCAGUACUAGGCUCAGGCUCAGGCUCAGGUCCAGGUUCAGGACCAAGUUCAGGACCAGGUUCAGGGCCAAGCACAGGGCCAGGGCCAGGGCCAGGGCCUGGACCAGGCCCAGGAUCAGGACCUGUACCAGGUCCAGGGCCAGGGCCAGGUCCAGGUCCAGGUCCUGGACAUGGAAGGGGAAUGCGGGAAAAUCACAUGAGAGGUGGCCGAGGAGGUUACAUGGGUCCCAAUGGACCUCCAUCAAGAGGUGGCCUUGGGGGUAUGGGACGAGGCCUUCCAAGUGGACGGGGUGGUCCUCCUGGAGGGCCAGAUGGGGAAGAUGGAUGGGGCAGAGGAGGCAUGCGAGGACGAGGAAGAAGAGGGAGAGGAGGAUUCAUUCAAGAUGACCGCAAUUGGGGUUACAGGGAAGGAAACCUUGAAGAUGAAUGGACAGGUGAGGCAGAUCUUCCAUUCGUCACAGAAGAGCGGCUAAAGGCUGUAGCUAGGGAUUCAGAGACAAGAACAAUUGAUAUUGACAAAGUCCCAAGGGAAAUCAGAACGUACGGUAACACAGCUGUCAUCCUCUUGGAUUGGGAUGAUCCCCGGAUUCUCACAUUUGGAGAAGGUCACUGUAACAUUGUAUUUGAUGAAGGCCAGUUUGUAUUACCCAUGAGAAUAGGGGAAGACUAUAAAGAAUUUACUAUUGCUGGAGAGACACACCGUGUAAAACUAGGUGUCCCAACAAAAGAACUUAUGUUAGAUAAUAGAGGAUAUCAGUGCUUCUUUGGUGGAAAACCAAUAACUGUACAUCUUGCAGGGCAGCCAAGAACGGUGAGGUUAGAUGGGAAACCACCUAAUGUCAACAUAGGACCUGUUAAGAAUACAGAUUUUGUUGCAGGGAAGAUUCAACUAGUAAUCCAUGCUAGGAAAGUUGUUCCCCUUUACUUGGACGCUAAGCCACAGCGAUUUAAUAUAGAUGGCAGGCCAUUCAUCAUUAAAUUUGUGGAUUCUCUAAGAGCAGUCACAAUUAAUGACGUCAGGUUCCCAGUUGAGUUUGGAGGAUUGCCAAUCAGUAUCAGUGUACGUGGCUAUAGACGCUUUCUACGGUUCACUGCUCUGCCUGCUGGGAUUAUACCAGGACAAGUAAACAUACAUGGAAUGGAAAGUGAAGGACAGAAAUUGUCAGGUGUUUCUGGCAGCCCAGCUCAAGAUCAAUUUUCAGGGGAAGAGAGAAACAUGCCAGUCAUGAAAGGUCCCAACAGAAGGUCACCCCCUGUUGGGAUUCCCAGGAAACCCCCACCAACUUAUCCAGAAAAAACAAAGGUGGCUCCACAUUCAACUCUUGGACCUGAUGGAGUUUUCCUGCCUCAGGGACCACCUCCAACACAGAGGCCAAUACAGGGAGCUCCACCUCAAGGCCCUCCACCACAAGGUCCCCCUCCUGUGCAACCUCCACAGCUUGGUCCCACUUCUGGAGUGUUACCAUUAUCUAAUGUAAACAACCAGCCAUCCCCACAGGCUAUUGCCUCACUUAAUGAUAUUCUCAGUCAUCCGCCACCACAGGUUGGUAUUCCUCCAAAUGCAGUUCCAGGUUCAUACAUGACAACACAGCUUCCUCCAGCUCCUAAUAAGGCCUCUCAACCAGUUCCUCAAAUGCCACUUGAUCUAAAUUCUCUGCUGGAAAACCUCACUCGCACUGGCCUCAUAUCAACAAAAGUACAAGACAAAUCCAAAGCAAAGAAAGAGGAAGAACAGAAGAAAGAAGAGGAGGAAGAGGAGAAAGAAAAGGAAGAGUAUGAGCGAAUUCCAGUUGAAUUCAUGUUCAACUCGGAAAAUCUUCGAAAGAGGCGAAAGUGGCUUAUUGAAGUGAUCUAUCGGGGAAUGCAGUGUUCAUCUUGUGGCCUUCGUUACCCACCAGAGCAAACACUACAGUAUUCCCAUCACUUGGACUGGCACUUCCGUCAAAACAGACGCCAGCAAGAGUCCACGAAAAAGGCAAACACCAGAAAGUUUUACUUCUCUAUUCAGGACUGGCUGCAGUAUGAGGAAAUUGAAGAUGUUGAGGAAAGAGUACCUAGUAUGUUUGAAAACGAAGGAGUGGUUGAAACCAUGGAAUCGGAGGAAGCAGAGGAGCCAAGUGUGGCUGUGUCAUCUGAUUCAGCCCUUGGUGUUUGUCCUACCUGCCAUGACACUUUCUCUCAGUUCUUCCACCAGGAAACUGAAGAGUGGAGAUACUAUAAUGCUAUUCAAGUAGAUGGCAUUAAUUAUCAUCCAGCUUGUCACCAAGAUACCUUGAGGGCUGAGGCAGCAGAACGUGAAGCAGAAGAAAGAUUGAAGGAAAUGGAGAGGACAGAGGAAGAAGAUAAAAUGGAGGAAGAAGCAGGUGACAAAGGAGCAAGUCCUGAUGAUGCAGAAAAGCCUGAGAAGACCAACACUGAUGUUUCAAAGGAUUCUCAGCCACCAACAGAAGACAAGUUGCCAGGGAUGUCAUUACUGUCAGAUCUGCCCAUCAGAAUCAAAGAAGAGCCACUGGAUGUUGAGGAGUAUGAUGUUGAAAGUGAUAAUCAGCUGUCUUUCCCGCUGGACUUGAAUAUCAAACAAGAGGUGAAGAAAGAGCCUGAAGAGCAAGAUGAGGAAGAUCUGAUUGAUAAGGAACCCGAGGAAGACGACGAAAGCGGCUUGUUGCGCAAUGAGAGCACUGAUGAGCCUAUGUGGGACACGCCUGCAGUUUCCGUCAAUGCUGCAGAGACGGACAUUGCCAGUUCCAUUGAUGGGAAUACAGAACUUUCAACCCCAGAAGCCACUCCAGCUGGUGGCCUCGUGACAAAAAUCAAGUUCAAUGUGUCAAAGCCAACUCUUAAUAUCAACAAUAACAUAAAUAAUGAAAAUAAAAAGGAUGAUGCAAAUGAAACUCUCAACUCAAGCAUCAAUGAUGAAGCAGAUGAAUUUGUGCCUCCUCCAUUCACUGUUGACUAUGAUCUCAAGCCAGCUUUUAGGGAUGUUGAGCUAGAAGAGCAGCCUAUGGAAGCUCGAGGUAUUGAGAUAUCAGGAUUAUGCUCAAUUAUGUAAAGCCUACAUAUGAUUGGUGCUGCUCUUUCCAGCAGAUAAUGUAUCAAGUAAACUGUUGACUUUGGCAGAUGGUGGGCAUUAAGAUUCUCAUAUUACAAGAUUGUAAUAAGCAAUCUCACUUUAUUGAUCACUUGAAGUUAUUCUUUGGGGAUAGCAGUUUAUAUCAUCUUUGCUUUCUUGGAUUUUAAAAUGCCAUUAAUGCACUAUGUUAUUUCCUAAAUUUUCAAGUUCAGUUGUCAUUGUAUAUUAUUCUGUUACCAUUAGUAAUAUUUUCAGUAUUUAUUUCAAAUUUCUUACAUUUCAAUUAUUUGACAUUAUUCAUUAUUAUUUUUUUUAUAAAAAUUAUUAAGAGACAAAUGCAUCUCUAGAAUCCUGUGAGUAGGGUUGUACAUUGUCUCCCAUCCAGUGUAAACUGAUAUCCAGAGUGAGCUUAAAGUUGUGUCAAAGUUAGUAAUCACAACACUGAAAUAUGUAUUGGGUAUCUGCACAGUAGCACUUAAUGCCAUUGUUAACAGAAAUAUAUUUUUUAAACUUUGUGAAAUACUGUAUUCAAAUGGUCACAGAAACUAUUGAAAGUAAUAUGGUGGUAUAUUUUCCUUUUGCUUCUUUUCUGUUGGACUCUGUAUCAGGGCUUUUGAACUGGAAUAUUCAUUAGAACAUGACCAAGAUUGUUAGAGCAACUACUUGUAAAACCUGAUAAUUAUGCAUAUUUCUGAUGCAAAAUGUUUAUGAAUGCAGACUUUGACUGGGAAAACAUGUUUACAUUUGAUAGAGUACAAUGUUUUCAUGUAAGAAAAAAAGACACAAAAAUUAUUUGCUUAAAGUAUGUGUAAAAAAAAUAUUGUAACUGCUAAACAGUGUUUAGAUAAUGCUAUUUAUAUGAAAAGAUUUUUGAAGUCCAUAGUUUUAUUUGCAAAAGAUGGGCUUGAAUUAUAGUUUGUCCAAACUAUUGUGGUCUAGUCUGGUUUUAGUCUCAGAAAGCCAUGUUGAUCACAUGUUCUGAAUAUCUAAAUUUGAUUGUUAUUUAUACUGUGAUGACUUUUAGGAAGAGAACUGAUAACAAAUUGUAAAACUGGGAAAUGAGUGAGCAAGUGGUUACAGAUAUGCCUUUUGAACCAGCGAAAUGAUGACAAGAUAGGAAGGCUCAAUUCGUGUGAAUAUACUUUUAGCAUUUUUAUGAUGAUUUUGUACAUUUGUAAAUUAAUUGUAAAAUAAAUGAUAUUUUUCCUAA